AGCGAUGAGCAAAGCGAAGAGAGUUCUGGAGAAAAAAAAGGAAGGUGUAGAUAAAGCAACAAAUAAAUCAGUUUCGAAGAAAUCUGAAAGUUCACAGCUUCGGGAGUCAAUUGCAGAAAUAAAACAUAAAGUGCAUACCUCGGAUGUUGAUUCGGAUUCAUCUUAUUCAACCUCCGGUCGGAGAAGGACAUUAAAACGGAUGAGAGCAAAUUCUUCGCUAUUUACGGCCAGUAGUCAAGGGUCCGGCAUCCCAUAUACUAAAAAAGGAAACAACAAAGAAAAAGAACCAUGUCCUUGUUUGAAAACAAGCAAACGUGAAUCCGUAUUAGAAUUUAAGGAUAUAUUGUUGCCUUCUUGCAGCAGUAGUAGCUGCAGUGCGGUUAUAAAAGUGAAAGAAAACGAACGCGGGCACCAAACAUCGGACUCAAUAUUGAAAAAAGUUAAAGGUGCUGAUCGUACAAAAUAUCAACCAGUAUUAAAGAAUUUAAAAAGUUUGACGUCUAUAGAGUCUGAAGAAGAAUUACUCGAUAUAACCGGUGGAAAAGGCAAGACACGACAAGCAUCCACAAGUUUAAAAGUUAAAAAAGCUAAACACAUAGACCCAGCUGAACUUGGACCAAUUUCAAAGAAAUUAAAAACCGGAACAAAAGCUGCUCAGGAACCGCCAGCACUCCCAGCUUCGAAGAAAGUUAAACAUUUACCACGUCCUCAAAUGUCGGAUGGAAAAUUAAAGAAUACUUCACCUACACAGAGUAGUCGCCACAUGGACAAAAAAGACGACAAACGGUUAUCAGAAACAAAAUUAGAUAAAGGCAAGAGUAUGGACCCUACGGAUCUCGUGAAAUGUAAACGGUGUCGAAAAGCAGAAUUGGAAAUGGCGGAUAUUUUACCUAUAACGAGUUAUAGUAGCAAUUCUAUUACAAAAGGUAAUAAAAACAAAAAGAAAGGGCAACAAUACAUAAUUUUGAAGAGAAUCAAAAGUACAGAGCGUGGUGGACAAGAGACCUGUGUACAGAAAGUGAGAUGUAUACCGUUUCGGGGAUCAGAAGUAGAAUUGAAAACUAUUCUACCUCGAAGGAGUAUCAACCGUAGUAUGGUUACAAUAAGGAUAAAAGGAAAGAAUUCGUUACCACGCACACCGAAAAAAGUGAACGGAUCCAUUUUAAACAAAUUAAGAAGUUUAUCGUUUCUAAAGUCACAAACAGAAUCAAACGUCGUUUUACCCCAACGGAGUCAUGGUCUACAUAUCAUUAAAGAACGGAAGCAAGUCGGUCACUUGAGCAAUAGGUGGGGGCCUUCAUCACAUACAGCUUUAAAGAAAAUUAAAAGUGUUCAUCAAGCUAAACAAGGAUCCUUUUUAAAGAGAUUCAUUUGUAUGCCAUUUGUAAAGCCAGAAGAAUCAAACAGUAUUUCACCAAAAAGAAGUGACAAGACCUGUAGAAUUAACAGACGCAGAAUAAUUAAAACAACAAAGAGGAAGCGUAAUCGAUGGAAAAGAUCAUCGCCAACAGUUUUAAAAAAAGUCAAAAGCAUAGAUCAUUCUAGACAUAAAUCCAUUCUAAGAAGAUUAACAAGUGUACCGUUUCUAAAGUCAGAAGUUGAAUUAAAGAGUAUUUUUCCUACAAAAAGUAGCAGUCGCGGUUCGAUUAAAUCUAGUAAAGUGAUGAUUGGGAAAGCGAAGAGACAAUGCCUGCGAUCCCAACGACCCUCACGUACAGCUUUAAAAAAAACUAAAAGUUUUCAUGAUAUUAAACAACAAUCAAUUCUACAAAAAUUAAAAAGUAUACCUUUCCUAAAGUCAGAAGUGGAACUAAAAAAUAUUUUACCGGCAAGAAGCAAAGACCGACGUGUAACAAGUAAGGAAAUAAAAAUUUCAGUAAAGAAAAAAAGCAGGCCACAUCCAUCACGGACUGUUUUGAAAAAAGUUAAAAGUAUAGAUGGAGCAAAACAUGACUCCAUUUUGAAAAAGUUAAGAAGCAUACCGUUUCUUAAAUCGGAGGUAGAAUUAAAGAAUAUUUUGCCUACAGGAAGUACUUAUAGUGCAAAAGGUAAACAAAAGCAAAAACGAAGUUCAAUAUUCGCACCUCGUGUUGUAACAAAAGUUAAGAGUCACCAUACAUUAUACAAACCACUGCUAGAUAAAUUUAAAAGUGUACCACACUUGAAAUCUGAGAAAGAAUUGAAGAAUAUUUGGCCUACUUGGAGCCAGAGUAAAAUGUGUAAAAGGAAAAUUCGGUUUGGACAUUGUAAAAGGAGAUCGAAACGACGGGAUAUUAAACUAUUGAAAAAUAGAAAGCCUGUCGAUAGGGUAAAAUUAAAAAUGAAGCCAUUGUUGACGUCAGAUUAUGAAAUGCUAAGUCCAGCUCGUUUGCACAGUGGAAAGGAUGAAGCUGCAUCUAUAAUACGCGAAGCUAUGAAAAAAUAUCACAUGUCUGAAGCUGAUUGGGAUAAUAUGGAUGAUACAUAUGCAUUUAAAAAACCAUAUAAAAGUAAAUCAAAUAUUGUGCAUUUAAAUAAAAGUGAAAUAAUUAACAAACUAUGCAGUAAGGAAGGCGAAGCUGAAAUCGUGUAUGCUAUUCGUAAAGCUAUAAGAAGAGGAGAUGUUUCACCGUCGCUUCUAGAUAUGGUGAUAAAUAAUGAGAUACAUCUUGGACUCAAGGAACAUAGUCUUUUAAAUUAUUUAGGAAGUAAAAAUCACGUUAAACCUAUGUGCAAAAGGGAAAUAUUCUUUAAACUGAGGACUGAUGAAGGUGUUGAUCAAAUUACUAAACGGGUUGCCGAUGCAAUAAAAAUGGGUAAAAUCUCACCAUAUCUCAUUGAAAUGAUGAUAAAUAAAGAUAAAGAGAUCAAGUUUUUGAAAAAGCAGAAAGCUAACCAAGGAUCGGAGCUAGUUACUAAAGAACAAAUCAUCAGAAACUUAUGUUCAAGUGAUGGAGAACUUUGUAUUAUUAAACAAGUUAGAAAUGCCAUAAGAAAAGGCCAAGUGCCACCUUCGGUUAUACCAACUAAUAUCAUCGACAAAGACCCUUCUAAACCACUUUUUGGACGGUCAUCAAGUAAAAAGUGUGAAAAAUAUGAAGUACUUAGCAGAAUUGGAACUAAAGAAGGCGAAGCUAUGUUUUUGAGACAAAUUGAUAGAGCCAUCACAACAGGUCAAAUAUCACCAUCAGCAUUAGAGUUGAUGAUAAAUGGAGAUGUAGACAGACAUUGUGAAAUGAUAAAAUUAAAAAACAAACAAGUUACAGCUGAUCUUGAUCCUGACGUCGCAAAAGAACUGGAAAUAGCUAUAAGGAACGGGGAUAUACCACCGUCACUAGCAAUUAUGAUUGAAAAUCAGUCGAAAACAUGUCGACAAGUAGAUAAAAGUCAGGAACUUGUCGUUGACAGACGUGAUAGGAAGUCGGAUACCAUUCAGGAACUUUGUAAAGUGAAGACCCAAAGCACUCCGGCAAGAAAAUUAAAAUUAAAAACUAAACAACUUGACACAAAAUCUCUUUUGCCAACAUUUAUACCGAAAAUAAUUUGCAUGUGCAAAAAAAUACAGACACGUAAUAAAAAAGGUAAUGCAUUUUCACAAGCAAGAGAUAAACGUAAACUGAAGAAUAAAACAUCAUUAGUUGAUUUAUCUGCGCAACGUAAAAAAAAGAAACUUAAAAAAAAAUUACGGUCAACAUUGACAAAGUUGCUAAAUGAAAACAAACAUAACAGGGCAGCAAGCUGUCUAUGUCAGACAACUAUGGCGACCGGAACGUCAACGAAACCUAUUAAAUACAAACGUAAGACAGAAGAAUUACGGUCAACAUUGACGAAAUUGCUAGAUGAAAACAAACAUGGAAUGGAAGGAAGCUGUCCCAGUAUAACAACUAAGUCUACUACAAUGUCAACGCAACCUAUUAGAUUUACACGUAGAAGAAGAGUCACGCGCGCAUCUUUUGAAAGCAUGCCAAAAGAGCAGUACUUGGUAAGCGAACGUGAAAGCAUGACCACUAUUCGAUCAGCAAUGAAGAAAUUCCGUUUAUCUAUAAGAAAGCGGCUAUCAUCACCGUCAAUGUUGUUGAUGGAUAUAGUUCCAAGCGGAAAACAAAGUGCUGGAAAACCUUGCAUGUCAACCGGGCAGCUAAUGCAACCCAAAAGUGAGAGAAAAAUGAAUGAAAGCUUGCAACUCAGAGACAUGGAAGCUGUAAGAAGGAAGAUUUGCAAAAUGGUAAAAUCUGGAAAGGCGUCACCGUCACUUAUAACAAUGAUCAGUAGGAAGGAUAUGGGCGACGUUGUACAUCCUAGUAACUAUAAGACACAAGUUAUAAGCAAUAUUUUAAAAGCCAUUAAAAGAGGAACUUUAUCGCCAGCUGUUUUAUACGAUGUUCUUUACAAUAUUAAACCAAUGGACACUAAACAUCAAGUUAUUCAAAAGGUUCUUAAUGCGAUUGCCAAAAGGCAUGUAACACCGACCAACAUGGAAUCUGUAAUGGCAGAAGUAUAUGGAUGUGAUAGUGCAACUCCUAUAUUAAAUCCAGUGCGAAAUGCUGUGAAAAAGGAAAAAAUACCAGUUGAUGUAUUGCGUCACGUAUUAGAUAAUGUAGAACCAAAUGAGGAUAGAUGUAAAAUUGUCUUGAACAUCCAUAAAGCGUUAGAGAAAUCAUUGUUACCACAAAGCGUAAUCGAUGAACUGCUUUUCGAAAAGCCUGAUGUAGAAUUUAUUGCAAAAAAACCUGAAAAAAUUAGGAGUAUUCUUAAAGUAUCAUCAAAAUCUAUAGCGCCAUCACGUAGAAUUCCCGUUCUUGAAACGCCAAUAACUGUAGAUUCUACUGAAGAAAUUAUGAAGAAAGUUAGCAAAGCCGUAGCAGAAAGAAGUUUAUCUUCAGGAGUUUUAGAUGAUCUUACAAAUAUAUGCCCUAAAGAUAACAGGACACAAUUUUUGAACAAAGUUCGGAAAGCCAUAGCAAAGCACCACGUAAUGCCAGCUGCAAGAGAUCAAAUAUUAAGUAGCAUACAGGAAAAUGAUGAUAAAGCUAAAAUACUGAAGAAAGUUCGCAAAGCUGCUGAAAAAUGCGAAAUACCCAUAUAUUGUCUAAGUGAAAUAUUAGACAGUUUACGACCGGACGAUAGCAAAUGUGAAGUUAUAGAGAAGAUUAAAAAAGCAAUAGAAAAAAAGAUGGUGCCGUCACAUGUUAUGGAGGACAUCUUCGGCAAAGAACCACAGCCUGGUGAUAAUAUUUUAAUUAUGAUGAAUAAUGUUCGGGAAGCCAUGAAAUGCGGAGUAUUACCGCUAGCUGUCAUGAACGAGAUUUUCUCCAAAGUUAGUCCGAACGACAAUGAAACUCAAGUGAUUAAGAAAAUUCGUAAAGCGGGUGCAAAACAUUGCGUUAAAAAGCAAGUUAUAGAUGACAUCCUGAAAGUAGAAAAGAUAAAAGAUAGCAAAUCAAAUCUUUUAUUGAACGUCCGAACAGCAAUAAGUAGGGGAGAGCUGUCCCCAGCUGUAAUGGACGAUAUUCUCGCCAAUGUGAAGCCUAAAGAUAAUAAAGAUGAAGUUAAGAUGAAAAUUUGGAAAGCAAUAGCAAAGGAACACAUCACUUCAACGGUUCUGCUUGAAGUUCUUGCUAAAGUCCAAGAUAGUAAGGAUAAAUUUGAAAUCAUACAGAACAUCAAUAAUGCGAUACACAACGAACAGCUACCACCAGCUCUUAUGAAUGAACUUCUUGCGCAUAUUAGUACGUGUGAUAAGCACUCUCAGGUCGCCGAUAAAGUUAAACAAGUUCUGAAGAAGAGAUACGUACCACCACGUGUAAUCAAUAAUAUCUUCGGUAAUCUUAAGCGUGGUCGCAGUAAAUCAGAGUUUGUCAUCGAGAAAAUAUUUCAGCAAACAAAAAAUAAUGAAAGUCAGACAGAUCUUAUUAAAAAAGCAAAAAAUAAGGGUUUAAUUACUGCGAUUGACAAGGAUAAAUUACUCGCCAAUGUAACCUCUUGCGCUACUGGGUCUCAAACUUUUAUGAAUUAUCGGAAAGCGCCAGAAAUGCAACACGUGGCUCCCUCGGUCAAAAGUGUCGUUCUUACAAAAAUAUUUGCGCAAAAUAAAAAAUCCGAAGUUUUAACAAGAGUUGGUAAAGCUGUAGAAAGAGGACAAGUUCCAUCCGAAGUACUGAUGGAGGUACUAAACAAAAUAAAUGUAAAUGACGAUAAGCUCGCUGUUACGGAUAAGGUUCAAAAAGUUUUAGAAAAGAGGCAUCUGCCAGACAAAGUUAUUCAUAACAUCAUGGCCAGUAAGAGACCUAGCGAUACCAAAACACAAAUUUUAAGAAACGUGCAAAAAGCGGUAAGCAGGGGAUGUUUAUCUCCCGUGGUGAUGGAUGAUGUGCUUGCUCGUAUGAGAGACAAGGAUACAGUAAUUGGAGUCUUGAUAAAGGUUCGAAAAGCGUUGGAAAAACAGCAUCUACCGGCUCAUGUUCUAAAUAACAUUAUGUUCAGUAAACCCAGUGACUCAAAAACAGAUUUCUUAAAGAACGUGCGGAAUGCUAUUAGCAAGAAACAAAUAUCACCAGCUUUUAUGGAUGAUAUUCAAGAAAGUGUCAGCUUACGUGACAGUAAAUCUAAAGUCUUUGAGAAAAUCCGAAAAGCUGUAAGAAAAAGGCAUGUCACUCCAUCUACAAUGAACCAAGUAAUGGCUAAGGUGCAAGCAAGUCGUAAUAAAUCUGAUAUUUUAAACAACGUUCGUAAAGCUGUAGAGAAGGGACAAAUACCACCCGACAUUUUUUGUGAAAUACUAGCCACUGUGCAAAAGUGUGACGAUAAAUCUAAAGUUACGGAAAAAGUUCGUCAAGUUGUAGCAAAGAGACGAGUGUCACAUGGUGUCUUAGAAGAAAUUUUGGGGAAGCAACAAGUGCAACAACCGUGUUACAAUAAAUCGGAAAUUGUGAAGAAUAUUAGCACAGCGGUAAAAAUGGGACAACUGUCACCAUCUGUAGUUGAUGAUAUAGUUACUAAUGUACAUCCUGCUGACAGCAAGACCCAAGCUUUGAAGAAAAUCAAUAAAGCUAUAACAAGAAAACAUGUUACUCCUUUUAUUAUGAAUGAAGUACUUACAAAUAUAAAAGACUGUGACGAUAUUCCCGAAAUCAUGGCCAAUAUUCAUGAAGCGAUAGAAAAAGGACAACUGCCGCCGGAAAUUCUCGGCGACAUAAUCAACAAAGUUCGUCCUAAAGACAAGAAGAAACAAGUUAUAGGAAAAGUCCGUAAAGCUUUAAAAAAGAGACAAGUCCCACCUCACGUAUUGGAUGGUAUUUUCGCCACGAAACCACCUUCUUGUGUUAGAAUAGACAUCAUGGAUAAAGUCCGUAAAGCUUCAAAAAUUGAACUAAUACCGCUCGGAGAUUUAGGUGAAACAAAAGCUGUGCGCCCUAAGGAUAUCAUGAAAUGUAAAUGUAAUGUAGAUGUGGUAAAUGAAAAGGUCCAGCACGCUUUACAAAAGAAACCUGUGCCUUCUUGUGUUACAAAUGACAGCGUCGCUAGCAAGCAGCUUAGUGUUAGCAAAUCAGAAAUUGCAAAGCAUUUGCAAAAAGCUCUAGGACAUCGAAAGCUAUCAACUUCAAUGUUAGAAGAAAUAGUUUCAAACAUACACCCUGAUGACAAUAAGUCACAAGUGUCAAAGAAGAUUUGUAAAGCUGUUGGUAAGAAGCGUAUGACACCAUCUAUGUGGAAUUUAAUUCCCCCUGAUAUAAAUGAGAGUGAUGGCUCGACUGGAGAUACGAAGAAGGUCUGCAAAGGCGCAGACAAAGGCCAUAAACCGUCCGUUGUAAUGGAUGAUAAACUUGCUCGUGUUCUACCUGACGACCACAAGACAGAUGUCCCGAAGAAAGUUUCUAGAGCGGCACAAAUGAGAAAAGUUUCCAGAGGAGUAAUACUUGAUAUAACGAAAUAUUUGCGGCCUCGACAUGAAAAUCCAAUUGUGGAGAAAGGAGCAAUUGUAAUGGGAGAAAUGUCACCGUCCCUGGAAACAAAGCUAAAUGGAUUAGCAGGAAACGACAGAGCAAGUUGUAGAAGAUCUAUUUUUAUUAAACAUUAUCGUAAAGGAAAAAACAAGAUACGUGUCCCUCCUCCUGUUAGGGAAGACAUGUAUGCGGAAUUACUAGCUAGUGAAAAUAAGGCCCAAAUUGUGAAAAAUGUUCGCAAAGCCGCAGAAAGAGGUCUUUUGUCGCGGGAAGUAAUGAACGAGAUAUUGCUUAGUGUUCAGUCGUCUGACACCAAAUCUGUCAUAUCGGAUAAAGUUCGUUGUGUUAUUGAUAAGAAGAUAGUGUUGGAUAACAAAGUCUCCAAAUUGCAACCACUAGGUGAUAAUAAAGCUAAAGUGGUGGAGAAUUUACGUCAAGCUGUUAAAAAUGGUCAAAUCUCGCCCGAUGUCCUGGAUGAAGUACUCCUUAAUGUCCACAACAAUGACACCAGAUCUCUAGUCAUGAGGAAAGUCCAUAAAGCUAUUGCAAAAAACCAUGUAUCGCCUCAUGUUAUGGCUGAUGUACUAGCAAAUGUAAAUAAAAGUAAAAAUAAUAUAGAAAUCAUCAAACACGUUCGCAAAGCUGUGGUAAACGAACAAAUACCGGCAGCUGUAUUAAAUGAAGUACUCGCCGAAAUACAGCCCAGGGAUAAGAAGGCCCAAGCCGCUAACAAAGUCCAAAUAGCAUUAAUGAAAAGACAGGUGCCAGACCACGUCAUGAAUAAUAUAAACGAAAUUUUAAAACCAAAAGACCUUUCAUCAGACCAUGGGAAAGCUAGAAAACACGUGACGCCGGUAGCACCCGCUAGUUGUGGUACGGGUGCAAUGGAACAAGUAAUGGCCGAUGUCAAAACUGGUAAAAAUAGAUGUGAAGUCCUUUGUAAACUUCGUAAAGCGGUUAACAAAGGAAAGUUACCUCGAGCUGUCAUGGAAGAUAUUAUUGCUGAUAUUCGCCCGGUCGAUAAAAAAUCUGAUAUAGUCAACAAAGUUCAAAAAGUAUUGACAAAACCGCGACCUCCUACAGAAGUAAACAAAAAGGAUGUUUGCAAUCAGAAAUCUGACCAAAAAACCAAAGUUUUACAAAAAGUCGGUGAAGCGGUAAAUAAGGGUCAGUUAUCUCGCUGCGUGUUAGAUGAACUGACGGAAGCCAUACAUCCAGAGGACAAAAAGUGUGAGAUAAAGAAGAAAGUUUGUAAAGCAAUUGCAAAGAGACACGUAACGAAUGCUGUUGCUGAGAAUGUAUUAGCCGAUGUUUACAAAAGUCACAACAAAUGUGAUGUCUUCAAGAGAGUUGAAAAAGCCGUUCACAAAGGACAAUUGCCGCAAUCGAUCUUAGAUGAUAUCGUUGUUAAUUUAAAACUGAGUGAUAACAAGUCUACAGUAAUCAAGAAAGUUUGUAAAGGUAACAUCAAUUUCCAAUUAAUUACAUGA